AUGCUGCUGAAACAGUCAAUGAACGACCCCAAGAAGAUGCGAGUGCAGAUGGUGCAGAAAACAGCGGUGCUGGAACGACUUUCGGUGACGGAGCGUGAAGUCCCUCUAAUCCAGCGAACGGAGUGCAAACAACUCUCUGUUGAGCCGUUCAUGGGUGAUGAUUCUAUAGCAGUGGAGGAGUGGUUGGAGACUGUGACACUGGAGUUAUUCAAGGGUCCCGUUGCACGGUGGUUUGUACAGGCUCACUCCAAAACCCAAGAACAAGAUCGUAAUUUCGAGCACCUGAUGACGCAGUUAACGCGGAUGUACGGCAGCCAUGAGAGUAUCAUUAGAUACAAUUGGAGAUGGCGAAGCGGGUGCAGCAGCCAGGAGAACGUUUGCGGGACUUUGCUGACAGACUGCGUGAGAUUGGAGUCGCUCACCCAGACAUCCCGGAAGGCUGUGCGCAUCCAGAAACCAACGGCACUGAGUGAUGCUGUCCAGUUUGCAGUAGAGAACUUUGGAGACUACGGCGAAGGAUAUCAAGUGAAGCAGUGGCAGAAAGCAGCAGCACUUUACCGCGGAAGACAGCAUUGUAAUGGUUUGGCAGUUGGUGAGGCGAGAAAGGAAUUUCCUGGUCGCAAUCCAGUGAAAAUACAACAUCAAGACGACGAUCGACCGCCCCGCUACGACACCAGAGGAAGACGUCUUGCAGAUCAGCGCAACGAAUCAUUCUCGCCAUCCGCACUACACGCGAUUGCAGUGGCGGUACGAGUUGAUGAAGCAGCAGUGCCGACGACAUCACGCAGCGCUAUUCGCAACUCGAACGAAGCCGAUCGUAUCGAAGGUGCACGGCGUAGCGGUGACGCUUGUGAAGUGAUCCAGGCGUUUACAGCGGAAAACGAGGACCAGGAUGCGGACAAGAAGCACUCGGUCGACAAGCAGUACAAGGACGGCAAGAACAGCAAGUACAUCAUGGACGCCAUGGGGAUGAAUGGCAUGGUUGCGAGCUACAACGAGAUGGAUACGGCGAGUGCGGGUGACACGACCAACGGCAUGAACCCAACGGACGGCAGUGAGAGGUCGGAGAGCAGCAUCGGCGCUGUGAAGCUCAAGCACGGAGUCGACACAGUGAAGUACAAGGGCGAGCAGAUACGACUUAGCGGCGACAGCAGUGCUGUGGUGACGAAGUAG